AUAAAAUUUUCAAAUAAUAUGCAAUUUAUUUUAUCUUCAAAACUAUAACCUUACCUUAAUUACAAGCUGUUUUAAAAAACAUAUCAAAAACAAUAUCUAGAUGCCUACACGGAAUUUCUUCGAGAAACAUUACAAUACAGGCCGAUAUGAUACAAAAUCAACUCCUGCGCAACUAUAUAAGCGGUCAGCGUCGAACAAACAGUAUCAGUCUCACUGUGCAGUCGAGAGGAUAAACUCAUUCAAAAUGUUCGCUAAAUUGUUGGUGUUCUUCGCCCUGGUCGCGGUAGCCCUCGCUCGGGAGUACCCUGCCGGCGUGCACCCCGCCGUAUGCCCUGACUACCCGUUCUGCGCGGCCGACGCUCUCGCGCGCCACACUCCCGACGGCAUGCCCAUCCCUCAAUGGGGAUACAACCCCGCUAUUGCCCCCGCUGCUCAUGGAGCCGUGCCUGCCGCCCCCCGCUACCCCGCCGGCCUUCCCCCCGCGCUCUGCCCCAACUACCCCUACUGCUGGUGAUUCUACAAAUAACCCUUCAAAAUCGAUAUAGUAGCUUACUAACAAAUAAAAGUGACAACCCUGAACACUAAACACAAAUAACAAUACACUGUCACAAUGUGUGCGUGUGUAAACACGCCACAAAUGCCUAUGUGUGCGUUGGCUUUCACAGCUUAAUUGUCAAUGUGUGCGCACAAAUUGUCCAGGGUUGUCACUAUUGGCUGUUUCAGAAAUUUCCGUAGUUUUUCAACUGAAGCACUGCCAUCGUAUAAAAUGUAAACAGACGAGACGUUUCGUCUUAUAGUGCUUUUGCAUUUUAUAAUUUUAUGUAAAAACGUGUAAAAAUUAUGUAAAUAAAAUAUUUUUUUUUAUAAAA